UCUCAAUUAAGACUCAUAAGUACUGCAAUGGAUUGUGACCUAAGCCUGCUGGUCAGGCCAAAAGAUUCAACAACAAUCAAAGUGGAGAUCUGGGAAUCCAUUUUUCUUGAACAUAAGUGAGAUUGAUAAAUCUUAGAGGGAAGGCUCCUACACAGAAACUAAACAUGAGAAACUGAGAUUGGUCUGUCACCAAAUCAUGCCAUGUGCAAAACUGAGAUAUGUGAAGAGUGCAAAUACUGAAAAUUUCAAGAAACAAAUAGUGGCAGCAUUAAAAAAUACCAUUACUCACUAAAGCAAGAAUCAUGUGUUAAGAAGCUUGUUCUGAACCUAUGAGACAUCUAUGAAGCUGGAAAUCUGAUUUACAUUUACAAGUGGCUAUGACUGAAGUGGAUCAUCUAGGAGUGGCUCCUUGUAUCUUAGCAAAAAUAUAAAGAAGACGUGCACACUCUUGGACAAGAGGAGCCUGUGAUGAGAAGUUAAAUUUAUGAGCACAUUAUUUUGGAGACAUGGGAUGUAGCCAUUCUGUCCACAAUGAAACUAAGAAAUCUGAGAAAGCAAUGAAAGCAGCUGUGCUCAUUCAGAACUGGUACCGUUGUUACAAGGCUCGAUUAGAAUUAAGGAGGCGCCAGGCCCUGAACAUCUUUGAGAACAUUGAGUAUGCAGAUGAACAAGAUCAAAUGCAGCUAGCCAAGUUUUUCACCUUCAUGCUGGAACACUAUGUAAAGAACAAAUCUAGUGCAGAUAAUCUGCCUAAGAUUUUUAACCCUGAACCUAAGCAAAAAUCAGACCAAGAAACUAUUAUAAGUCUGAUAGAAGUACCAGACACUUAUUAUGGCCCUCGACUAAAAUUCCCUCUCACUUUUGCUGAUGUUGUACUGCUUAUUGAUGCUUUCAAGGAAAACCAGAUACUGCAUGCUCGCUAUGUUCUAGAAGUAUUACUAGAAGCCAAGAAGAUCUUGCAACAGAUGCCAAAUAUCAUUCACAUAUCAUCCACUGUAUCCAAGGAAUUAACAAUCUGUGGUGAUAUACAUGGGAAACUUGAUGACCUUUUUUUAAUCUUCUAUAAGAAUGGUCUUCCCUCGGGGAAUAACAGAUAUGUUUUCAAUGGCGAUUUUGUAGAUAGAGGACAAAAUUCCAUGGAGGUAUUAAUGGUCCUGUUUUCAUUUCUCCUUGUAUAUCCCAAUGAUAUAUACUUGAACAGAGGGAAUCAUGAGGAUUAUCUAAUGAACAUGAGGUAUGGCUUUACAAGAGAAAUUAUGCAAAAAUAUAAGCAACAUGGUGCAAAAAUUUUGCACCUUCUGGAAGAAGUUUAUACCUGGCUUCCUAUUGGCACUCUAAUUGACAAAAAAGUUCUGGUCAUACAUGGAGGAAUAGCAGACAAUACAGAUUUGAAUGUGCUUGAACAAAUGAAAAGAAAUAGGAUGAGAUCAGUUCUAAUGCCACCACUAGUACCAGCAGUAUUUGAUCCAAGGCAUGGCCAUUUUUCUCAUGAAUUAACUCCACCAGCGAUGUUGGCUAUGGAACAACUUACAAAGUAUGAAUGGGACCAGAUAGUCAAUAUUCUUUGGAGUGAUCCCAGAAGCAGAAAGGGCUGUUACCCAAACACAAGUCGAGGAGGAGGUUGUUAUUUUGGACCAGAUGUUACCGAGAAUAUAUUGACCAAAUUUGGUCUGAAGAUGAUCAUCAGGUCUCAUGAAUGUAAACCAGAAGGUUUUGACAUCUGCCAUGAUGGAAAGAUUAUCACAGUGUUUUCUGCAUCCAACUACUAUGAAGAAGGCAGCAAUCGAGGUGCUUACCUCAAAUUGAGCCAUGAUACAACCCCUCGAUUUUUCCAGUACCAGUCCAGCCAAAUCACCCAAGCAAAAACUCUUCAUGAAAGGGUGGAUAUCGUUGAAAAUGCUGCCUUCAGGAUAUUAGGAGAGAGAAUGAUUAGCCGGAAAACCAACCUCAUACAAGCUUUUCAAAAGUAUGAUCCAAAUGAUACAGGAAAGAUUUCUCUCAGUGACUGGGCAAAGGCUACAGAGGAAGUUUUAGAAUUGCAUUUGCCAUGGAUGUCUUUAUGCCCUCGACUGGUCAAAACAAUUGAGGAUGGAUAUGUUCUUUAUAAUAUGGGUUUUAAGGAUCUACCUGUUGUAAGGGCUCCAAAAGUGGCUAAAGCGGGGAUGGUAGAAACUCUAGUCAGAUACAGAUCUGACUUGAAGAUCAUAUUCAACAUCAUCGACAAAGAUCAAUCAGGUCUGAUCUCCAUGGAUGAAUUUCGUGCCAUGUGGAAACUUUUUUGCUCUCAUUAUAACAUUGACAUUGAAGAGUCUCAUGUUGACCAAGUGGCUUACAGCAUGGAUCUCAACAAAGAUGGCAGUAUUGACUUUAAUGAAUUCUUAACAGCCUUUGAUGUGGUUCACAGAGCCACAAAUAAGCUAUAACUCUUAAAUCUCAAAAUGUAUGAAAUUCCUUAGAUUGUCUCUACAAUGGUAGGCUCUCAUGCAGAAUUGAAAUCUUUAUCAGGGCUCAUAGCAUAUGGAUGAAUAGUGUGAAACAAGAAGUUCCCAGUGAGCAAUUAAUGAUUGAAAAAAGUUAUAUAUAUCUUCUUAUAGGAUCUAUGCUCUAGAUUUAGUACUAUACAUUGUUAAAUGAGAAAUCAAGACCUGAUCCUGUGUACUGGCCCCAUAGAUCUACUUUUAUCUGACGACCAAAGCACAAUCAGAAUAGUACUAAACUAACUACUAAAGAAGUCUGAAGAGGCCAAAAAAAAAAAAAAAAAAAAAAAAGGAAAAGGAAAAAAAAAAAUCAAAGAUAAUUAGCCAGCAUUCUGUAUGUGAAAGAUCUUGGAACAAUAGGAUGAGGAAUAACAGGGAAUUAGUGAAAUAAAAUGUUAUUUCCAUCUCUACAAUCUUUUUAAGUCCCUCUUAAAUCCUCCUUAGUUCCCCUUAGUUACUAAGUCCCUCUUGAACAAGGUAAAAGAUACAAAUGGAUGACACGGUAAACUUGUAGCAGAAUCAGAAGUCAUCCUGCACAAAUGAAACUACUCCAACCACAUAGUUACCCUUAAAAUUGCUGAAUUUAUAGAGAAAUUGUGCGAUAGGAAAAAAUAAGAAAAAGAAAACAUUCUGGACAGUUUCCAGAAUUAGAAUUCAGUUACUUUCCAUCUUCCAAUGGUUCUCAAACCUUUUGGAACACUGAACUCUAGAGAAGUUUUUGUGAUUGCAAGAGUUUUGUUUUUCUCCUGACUAUAUAUGAUGCAGUCUUUUUUGCAUUACAAAUUGCAAAUAGGAUCAAUUCUCAACUCAAGAAUUCUAAUGUUUUUUGUGGCAAAAAUGUUAAUUAUAAAAUUGGAAGAUAAGAAUGAAAGUGGCUAAGCUAUGGAGUCUCCAGGAAAGCCUGCAGUUACUCCACAACUUUUAGACUGGAAUUUAUCCCUUGUUAAUCCCGUUCUUGAGAAAUAAGAGCCAUUGAUAAAAUCCAAAAGAUAAUUAUUGAAUGUCUAAUAUAUGCAGAGUCCAAUAGUAGGAACUGAGGAGAAAUAAAGAUAUUUAAGAUAGGACAUGGUCACUAUUUUUGUGGAGCUUAAAGUCUAGCUUAAUUUAGUCCCUUGGCUCCUAAUAGUUGAUUACAACAAUGAUUUGAAACAUUCAGUGAUUCUUUCUUCAGAAAAUGGUGUUAAGAUUUGGCAUUACUUGCCAACAUAUACUUCUUAUGCACCUCUCUUCUUUGGUCUACAAUUCCCAUUCCCACUAUCACUCAGUUCCUUUAAGAUUAUUUUCUGUCACAAACACUGUCUAUUGAUUCUAAAUACCUUUUCCUAGACUGAUUUCUACCAUGUAAACUAAUUUUUUUUUGGUCAAAUUUUCCUACAAGCCAGUGAAGGGUUUUCAGUGACUUUAACUACUCUAAAAGCAGAGAUAGUAAACCAAAAGUACAAAUAUAUGGGGGAAAAUUGUUGAUUAUAUUGUCUUGUUUUUAUAUUCAGACACUAAUAUCUUUAAACGUGGAAUAGAAUAAAUUGUAUAAUUCCUGUUAAAGAAAAA